AUGGACAAUGACCCGCAUCCACGGGCCAGGCCCUACAAGACCAGGCUGAAGGUCCGGCGCGCCUGCGAAACUUGCCGUUCAAAGAAGGCCAAGUGUGAUGGCAUGCGUCCGGGAUGCGGCAGACCUCCUAUGCCAGGAAGGAACGGUAUCUCCGCCCCUGUAGCACACACCGAGCUCAGCUCUCAAGGCCAUCGCCUCGCACCUUCAGCUCACUAUUCCCCCAACACCCCAUCCGACUCGGCUGGAACGCCCUCGAACAAUGGGGAGUCGUUAGCCGAGGCUGGUGAUACGGAACAAGGCCCAGGUGAAGGGCGCGACUCCGAUCCUGACCAGAACCGAACAUACUACAAUGCACAUGGCCGCUUCGCAGGUCAAGUCGUCGCCGCCAUUGAUCCUGCUGCAAGCUCGCAUAAAGUCCCCUUUGUUGACGCGCCGCUAUUCGAGAACCUCAUUCUAGAUUCCUCACCUCACUCUUUUCGCUCCUAUUUCGUCGCCGAGUUACCACCGCGCGGCUACGCGGAUCAUUUGGUUCAUAUAUACUGGCGAUUUGUUGAGCCGGUUGAGCCAAUCUUGGAUUACCAGCGGUUCGUUGAGAAUUACGAGAAGAUAUACUCGGCAUCAGGGGGACCACCAUGUACGCGUUCCGACCUCUGGUUGUGCAUUCUUAAUGCCGUCUUUGCGCUGGCGGUGCAGCGACAAGAACAUAUCCCGCCGCAGCAACGAAACGAGCAGGCGAACCGUUUCUUCUUGCGCGCGUGGACGCUGCUUCCAGCUGACUUACUGUGGAUGCCAGCCUCGCUUGAGCUGCUGCAGAGCCUGAUAUUGAUCAAUCGAUACCUUCAUUGCACAGAUAACCAGCAGAAGACGUGGAUGAGUGCGGGCGUGGCGAUUCGCAUGGCGCAGACUAUGUGCGGCAGUCGCGGUGAAAGAAGAGACGAGGCCCUGAAGCUGAAAGUCUGGGCGAGUUGCGUCGCUCUUGAUCGUUGUACUUCCUGGUCUCUGGGGAAAUCAUCGACCCUAGUUCCCAUUCUAUUACCACUAAGCGGCAGCCAGCGAAGGGGUGCCAGCGCAGAGGGAGACUCGUGGGGACUGAGACUCUAUGAAAUCGGUAACCAGAUCCAACUCGCGCAGUUACGAACCCGGAGUGCACCCGCAUCGAAAUCGCGCCAGCUAGGUUCGCAGUCACAGCAAGAAGAUUAUUGCAACGCGGCCUUACAGCUCGACGCAUCAUUGCAGCAAUGGGAGGCCAGUCUUCCCCUCGAGUGGCAGGCAAAGAAUCUCAAGAUGGUUAUUGACAGACCAUCUCGCGCCGAGGGAUAUCUCCUCCAUCUGCGAUACCUCCACCACCGCGUCUUUCUCUACAGACCCAUGCUUGCGCGUAUCUACUCCAUGACUUCCAAUUCCAAUGCCUCCUUGUCACGACCAAGUCUCAGCCACCGUGUCCUCCUGAGCGCCGCAACGAUGUGCCUCGAAGCCGCCCAACACAUCGUCACGCUCGUCAUCGAAACCAUCGAACCAGAUCAGCAAAUCGGCCUGCUCCCCUGGUGGUACCGAUUGUACUACCUGCACAUCGCCGGAGCAAGUUUUCUCGCCGCCAUGAUACGUCCAGAGCUGUUCUCAGAUUCGGUUGCGGAAAGCUGGGAGGCUGUUCUACUUGCUCUGCGCGGGCAUCAGCAUCUUUGUACGUAUGCAACGCAGUGCGUACGAACCUUUGAGAGACUUGCCAGCAGAACAAGGGCACGGUGGGCGAUCCCUGUUAAUGGCAAUGUUGGUGCUAGUGCUAGCACCGGCGAGGCUGAAGGUGGUACUAGUGCGUGCAUCGGUGUGAGUACAGGAGCUUUAGCGGCUGGUGAGUCGCCGCCGGGGAUUUGCUUCGAUAAUCUUUUACAAGACAUUGAUUUUGGUCUCGACGGUUUUUUGUUUGGCACCGGAGAGUUCACAGAAGGCGUUUUUUAA